AAAUAACUGACAGUAAAAAUGUAUUUGCUUCAAAAAUAGGCUGAAUUCAUUUGAAGGAAACUUAAACAAAAACGACGAGGCACAAAUCAAGCGAUUGCAAAGUGCAAAGGUGGGUGAAGUGAAGCUCUCUUACUCUUAAACCCUUCCUUACAGUUUAAACCUCUAUUCUUGCGAGUUUAACGCAAAAGAUAGAAGAAGCAUAAGGGAGAUGCAGCGUGUUGUAAGAAAACUAACCAACACAUAUUCACAAAGACAGGUUCUAGGUUUUCGUUCCUAUUGCAAUGACAGGGUUGCUGUUGAUGUUGGACAACCAACCCCUGCAUCUCAUCCACAGCUUCUAAAAGAUGGGGAGAUCACACCAGGCAUAUCUAGUGAGGAAUACAUCCUAAGAAGAAAAAAAAUGUUGGAACUUCUCCCGGAGAAAAGUUUGGCUAUCAUUGCUGCUGCCCCAGUAAAGAUGAUGACAGAUGUCGUGCCUUAUACAUUUCGACAAGAUGCUGAUUACUUGUAUAUUACAGGCUGCCAACAACCUGGUGGUGUGGCCAUUUUAGGGCAUGACUUUGGUUUAUGCAUGUUCAUGCCAGAAGCCAAGCCUUAUGAUGUGACUUGGCAAGGGCAUAUAGCCGGAGUUGAUGCAGCAUUGGAUACAUUCAAGGCUGACAAGGCAUAUCCAAUGAGAAAAUUGCAUGAGAUCCUUCCAGAUAUGAUAAGGGGGUCCUCAAAAUUGUAUCACAAUGUUCAGACUGCUACACCAUCAUAUACGGAACUGGAGGCCUUCAAGAAACUAGCUUACUGCAGCAAUGUAAGGGAUCUAUCUGUUUAUACCCAUCAGCUGCGAUGGAUAAAGUCUCCUUCGGAGCUUUCGCUGAUGAAGCAAUCAGCAUCAAUUGCUUGUCAGGCUCUUUUGCUGACAAUGAUGCAUUCAAAAACACACCCUUUUGAAGGUAUGCUAGCUGCAAAGGUUGAAUAUGAAUGCAAAGUGAGAGGUGCCCAGCGAAUGGGAUUCAAUCCCGUGGUUGGUGGUGGGCCUAAUGGAAGUGUUAUACAUUAUUCUAGGAAUGAUCAGAAGAUUAAAGAUGGAGAUCUUGUUUUGAUGGAUGUUGGAUGUGAGUUACAUGGCUAUGCUAGUGAUCUCACACGCACAUGGCCACCGUGUGGUAGCUUCUCUUCUGCCCAGGAAGAACUGUAUGAGCUUAUAGUGGAAACAAACAAGCAUUGUGUGGAACUCUGUAAGCCUGGUGCUAGUAUUCGACAAAUACACAACCAUUCGGUUGAAAUGCUGCAAAAAGGACUCAAGGAGGUUGGAAUUUUGAGAGAUGUUGGAAGCAGUUCCUACCAUAAACUGAACCCAACUUCUAUAGGUCACUAUCUAGGAAUGGACAUUCAUGAUUGUUCAAUGGUCAGCUUGGACGCUCCUCUGAAGCCAGGUGUUGUAAUAACUAUUGAACCGGGAGUGUACAUCCCAUCUUCUUUUAAUUGUCCAGAAAGGUAUAGAGGUAUUGGGAUAAGGAUUGAGGAUGAGAUUCUUAUUACAGAAACAGGUUAUGAGGUCCUAACAGCAUCAAUUCCUAAAGAAGUGAAGCAAAUUGAGUCCUUGCUAAACAACUUCAGCCAUGGAAUAGGGGUAGAUAGCCAAAAUAACUUGAGAGCUACAUCUAGCUGAUAUUGUACAUGUGCAUUCAAGAACUGGGACAAGCAUUGCAUAGUCAAUCAAAACUGUAGGGAGGGGGGACAAAAUAACGAGAGAGAAGAUCGACCAGGGUUUCCUUGCUUGUUUUGGGUUGUUCUCCUAUUUUUUGUGGACUGAUAAAGUAGCAGGUUUCUUGUACGUAAUUGUUGCAUAUUUCCUGCUUGGUAUUUUAUUGCUGUAAAGUAGUAAUUAUAUUAAUAAAAUGACCAGCUGCAUAUAAAUGGUUCACAGUAGUUGGAAAUUGGAAUUUAAUCCUUUUUAAACAGGCUUUUUGACGAUGAAAAUA